AUGACUCUUACUCCUACUGCAAGAUUUCAUAUUAGUUUGGUAAAUCAACAUUGGUAUAAAAACAUUUUGCAGAAGACUAAUAUAUCCAAUAAUGAGUUUGUCAGUAUUGCUUUAGAAAUGUUAAGAUCAACGUCAAAACUUUAUUCUUUGCUAUUGCAAUUCUUAAGUUCAAGUGAAUCAUAUAUUAAGCAUAUUGAAAAUGUUGCGAAUAAUGCUGUUUCAAGACAGUCACAUGAUGAUAUAACCAAAGCUAUUUCAAAAAAAUGUAAAUUUGGUGAACUCUGGGGAUUAGGAAGAAAAAUAAUUAUUGAUGCAAUUGAAGAUGAAAAUAAAGAAAACUAUUAUGAACUUCUUGAAGUUUUUUCAACAAUCUUGAAUAGAUCAUCACGAAGAAUUGUUAGUGAAAGCGAUGACAUUAGUGAUAAUAUUAGUGAUGGUGUUGAUGAUAAUAAUAAUAUUAUGAAUAUUCGAAAUCCUAUUAAGCGAAGACCAAAAGGUCGUCCCAAGUCAACGAGAAUUACGAGUUCCCUGAAACAAUCUAGUACAAAGACCUAG